AUGGCUGGCCAAUUCACGAGCCCCUUUGCUGCCAACGCGAACCCCUUCGGCAACAGCCGAUCCCAGAUGCAGAGUCUGGCCGAGGAGGAUGAGAAUGGACCCCCGGACCAGGCCCCCAUCUUCGGUGGCGACGCCAGCACCGACGCCCCUCCCACCUCCAUGUCGCCCCCGAACCCCGACAGCUACCCAGCCCAGUACAACUUCAACCGCCGCACCUCAGUUUCGGCUGAGUCGUUGAAGCCCAGCGCCGAUACAUAUGACAACUGGUCUCCUCCUAAACACGAAAAGAGUCCGGAGCAGCUGGCCAGGUUGAAAAAAGCUAUCGAGUGCAACUUUCUCUUCAAUCACCUCGAUGAUGAGCAGAGCGGCCAGAUCCUGAGUGCUCUGAUGGAGAAACCCGUGCCUGCAAAGGAUAUCAAGGUCAUCAUCCAAGGCGACGCUGGCGACUUCUUCUACGUGGUCGAGAAGGGUUCCUUUGAUGUCUACGUGAACCCAACUGGCCAAGUCCAGCCCGGCCCCGACGGCGUGGGUGCCAAGGUUGGCACCAUCGAGGCUGGCGGCUCGUUUGGAGAGCUUGCCCUCAUGUACAACGCCCCUCGUGCCGCCACCGUCAUCUCGGCCGAACCGAGCUGCACCCUGUGGGCACUGGACCGUGUCACCUUUCGCCGCAUCCUGAUGGAGUCAACGUUUGCCCGCCGACGCAUGUACGAGAACUUCCUCGAAGAAGUGCCUCUCCUGGCCUCGCUCACCGCCUACGAACGCUCCAAGAUUGCUGACGCCCUGGAGACGCAAAAACACCCCCCGGGCGACGUCAUCAUCAAGGAGGGCGACCCUGGCGACUCGUUCUACCUACUCGAGACUGGCGAGGCUGAUGCCUACAAAGGCGACGACAAGGUGCUCCACUACACCAAGGGCGACUUCUUUGGCGAGCUGGCGCUGCUCAAUGAUGCGCCCCGUGCAGCUAGCAUCGUGGCAUCGACCGAUGUCAAGGUGGCUUCGCUGGGCAAGAAUGCCUUCCAAAGACUGCUCGGCCCCGUCGAGGGUAUUCUUCGACGGACAAAGUAUGAGGGCGUCAAGUCGGGCGUCGAGGAGAUGGACCCACUGCAUACCAGCUGA